AUGAACUCAGAGGAGAGAAAUAGCAAGCAAGUACUCUACGAGUACGGAGUAACCAGAUCGCCUGAACCACCCGAGGUCAAUCGCUCAGCAGUUGCAGAUUAUCGCAUUUCCCGCGGCCAACGCUCCCCUUGGCCGCCAACCCGACCACCAGCCAAACUGGCGUCACACUCCGGGCGGGGCAAUGGCAAUGGCAAUAGUGGGAGUAAUCCCAAUGCCCGCCUGUCCCUCAUUGCCAGACAUUUCGACCAACGACUACCGCUGCCUGAAUUGAACACGCCGUUCUCGUCCGAGAGACUGUCUGUCGAGCCUGACGAUCUGGAAUAUAAUCCUAUCCAGCGGACCCCUCCUCCUCCUCAGAUUGACUCGGAUAUUCUUCCUCCUAUUACGCAGUACGACAACGACCGCAAGAACAAGAUGUCUUCGCAGCCUGCUCACAGUACUCUCCUCAUCCCGGGACCCAUUGAAUUCGACGAUGCGGUCUUGCAGUCCAUGUCCCACUAUGCAGAGAGCCAUGUCGGCCCUGCCUUUGUCAGAACGUUCGGCGAAAGCUUGACCCUUUUGCGCAAACUCUUCCAAACCACCGACCCCGCUUCGCAACCAUUCAUCAUCUCCGGCAGUGGAACUUUGGGAUGGGACAUUGUCGCCAGUAACCUUAUCGAACGGGGCGAGGAAGCCCUGGUCCUUCAUACCGGCUACUUUGGCGAUUCAUUUGCCGCCGCAUUGGAGACAUACGGCGCAAAGGCGACUCAACUCAAAGCACCUAUUGGCGAUCGCCCUUCACUCGCCGAAAUCGAAGAGGCGCUGAAACAGAAACAAUACAAAUUGAUCACAAUCACCCACGUGGAUACCUCCACGGGUGUCUUGAGUGAUAUCAAAGCCGUCUCUGAGCUGGUCCACCGCGUCAGCCCGGAUACACUGGUCGUAGUCGACGGAGUCUGCAGUGUUGGUUGCGAAGAAAUCGAUUUCGAUGCCUGGGGUCUCGAUGUCGUUUUGACCGCUAGCCAAAAGGCGAUCGGAUGUCCACCGGGUCUUAGUAUCUUGAUGCUUUCCGGUCGAGCCAUCAACGUCUUCAAGACCCGCAAAACACCCCCGGCUUCAUACUAUGCCUCUAUCGCCAACUGGCAACCCAUAAUGCAGAAUUAUGAGGCCGGUAAACCCUCCUAUUUCGCUACCCCGCCAACUCAACUUGUGCAUGCCCUUCACACGACCUUGAGCAGUAUCACAUCUCGACCAAUGUCUGAACGAUUCGCAAUCCACGCCAAGACAUCAGAUAAAGUCAAAGCUGCCGUUGCAGCUCUGGGAUUGACUCAGCUCGCCACGAAACCAGAAAACCAAGCACAUGCCAUGACAGCCAUCCGCUUGCCGGAGGGUGUAACGGCCCCUGAGAUCUUGCCGGGACUGUUGAAGCGUGGUGUCGUCUUUGCGGGUGGUUUGCACAAGGCGAUUGCGCCUACAUAUAUCCGUUUUGGACAUAUGGGUGUUAGUGUUACGGAUCCGAACAGGAAGGAUAUUGAUAAUGCUAUUGCCGCUUUGCAGGAGACGUAUGCCGAGGUUAAGAAGGCCAAGGGGUUGUAAUUUUGCUUCCAAAAAAAAGAAUAUCUUAUAUAAAAGAAAUAACAUGACUCAGUUAAAGGAUCGAUUGCUUACAGGCCCUCUUUCUAGGUAAUUCGGAUGAAUAGGUUAAUCUGUAACCGCAUGCGCACAGGCACCCAAUCUAACAUCACUUUCUAACACGAAGAAGAGAGUACGGUUAGGAUGUCAGAAAUACCUCGGCUGACAGUAAGUCUUGCCAACGGAUUCCAGUUCUGAAGAUAUCCUGACUGUCAAACAGCCAUCUUAUGCAA